AUGGCGACCCACCAACCCCAUGCGGGCGGCGCGCCCUCUGCUCACGGCCAUCCGGGACCCUCACCAACAGACGAGGGAUCACCAAAUCCUCCCGAGUCGUCCAAAGAGUCUACCACCUCCGCCUACCGACGCGCCAGUCGCAAAGGCGCCGUGAAGAAAUUUAGCUGCAGCUUUCCCGGUUGCGACAAAUUAUACUCUCGAGCUGAGCAUCUCCACCGGCAUCAGUUGAAUCAUGCACCCAAGGAAAUCUUCCGUUGCGAAGAACCUGGCUGCGACCAAAAGUUUGUCCGCGCCGAUCUCCUCGCUCGACAUAAGAAGCGUCACUUCACAUCCUCCUAUAUACCCCGGAACAGAACCUUCAGCUUCAAGUCGUCACAUCCUGAACUUGCGGCCACUUCGAGCGCACCAGCACCAAACACAACAUCCACUGCCGGGGCUGCCCCGCGAACGCAGUUCCCGUCACAUCCCUCGAGUGGACCUCACGAUGCCGCCAUCUUACUGACGCCCGACUCGGAGCCGGCCCCACGGCUGGUUCAGCCUUCGAGCUGGCCUCCGCCGCAACCAACCAUGCACGGCUUGGACAUGAACAUGGGGUCGAAGACGGCGUAUUAUGGGAGGGAGGCGGUGACCAUGGCCGCCGAAUCGUCAACCAUGUUGCCCUUCGACAACGGCUUUCAAGCGGAUGGACAUCUAUCCGAGAACUUCGCCAUGUGGCUUUUUGACGCUCAGGCUGGCUGGAACGAGCUGAACGCUGUUGCAAACAUGCCGUUUCUCGAAGGCGGUUUGGAGUCGACGUUCAACAACAACAUCAAUUACGACUACGAGUCGCUUACAAGCCGCUCACAGCCAGAUCCCACGCCGCCGCGCCAAGAAAAUGACGACCUUCUCACGGAACACCGUCGAGAAGAGAUCUUGUCCUGGUUCCGGCUUUUCCGCAGUAAACAGCCCAAGUACGAGGCCUCAAUCACCCGGAUCGUACAAGAGAGCGGCGGUGACGUCCCCGGCCUCAGUCUCGACAUGAUGCGACAUUGUCUGCACACGUACUGGGUCGAUGUGUCCCCGCGGCUGCCUAUUGUACAUCAGCCGACUUUCUCAUGCAACCGAUGCCCCAUUUUCCUCGUCAUGGUCAUGCUUGCACUCGGCGCUGCAUCUCUGAGGGCCCGUGACACGACGAGCACCUACGUCGAGUACGGGGGUUUCGCGGACGUUAUCAUAUCGAGCGUUCGCUGGGAAAUCGUGACGGCCGAAGACGCCAACCCGCCAGUGGCUCUGUGGGUGGCGCAGGCACUUCUGCUGCUCGAGUACUAUGAGACCCUGUUCUCUUUCCGCAAGUUCCAUGAGCGGGCGCACAUCUACCACUCCGCGACCCUGACUCUCUUGCGCCGGGGUAGUCCCCUUAUCGGCAAAGCGGGCAGUGAGUCACCGCCCGAGGAAGCGCCGCCGUCGGGUGAAAAUGACGGCUCGUCAGACUCGCGAACAUGGUGGGUGCGCUGGGCUGAGACGCAGUCCAUGCAUCGUGUUGUUUUUGGGGCCUUCAUGAUGGAUAUCAUCCAUGCCACCAUGUUUGGCCAUCUCGCCGACAUGGCGCCCGAUGAGAUCCGCCUCCCUCUACCGUGCGAUGACAGCCUUUGGGCGGCGCCCAACCCCGACAGCUUCCGGAGCGUUGACAGCACGUGGCGCAUGUAUGGCAUCAAACAGAUUUCUUUCCUCGAGGGGCUCAAGUCUGCGCUUCACUGCAACCCAGUGAAGACACAUUCGUUUGGUCGCAUGAUCAUCAUGUGCGGUCUUCUCAGCGUUGGCUGGCAUCUCUCCCAUCGCGACAGCCAGAUCAAGUGGCUCGAUCGCCCCACACGCACAUCUGAGCACGACACAUGGCGAAGGACGAUCCUGAAAGCUUUUGAUAUUUGGAAAGAGAGCUACGAUGCCGAUAUUGGCCUAUCCGAAACCAAUCUUGGGGAGAGCCAUGGUAGCGCGAAUGGGCCAGUUCAGUCGCCAUCUGUACUCUACCAUUUCGCCCACAUUGCUCUUCAAGUCGACAUCGUGACCUGUCAGGUCUUUGCGGGCGCGAAACGCCUGGUCAACCGCAAAAUUUCGACGCGCGAUUACAGCAACGCUGUUGCACGUACCCGUAGGGGGUCGGGGUACCCUCCACUCCAAGACGCGUGGUACUCGUGCCGCAACGAGGCAGACCCCCACCGCCCGUGGUCACUUUACUACGCGGCUUUGGGUAUAUGGUCGCUCGUGCGGGCGUUGAACGGCGAGCUUUGA